AAUCUGGUUUCUACUUUCACUUUCUGUUGGAAUGUCGAGCCCGACGAAGACACGUAACAUGGCUGAAUGAGAGCCAUCACUUAAUUCCAUGGCAAGAAUUCAUUUCAAUGUCCCACAGUUUCUACACAACCUGAGACAUGUGAGAUGGGAGACAACCCUGCAGAGAUGGUCCACCAAACAAGCUGCGCUAGCGUCUGUGCUUAUUCUUACUGUUCUAGUGAUUUUAUUCAUAAUUGUGGAGACAAUAUUUUUUGGUCGACCCCCUAUAUACAAGAAACACCAGCAUGUGAUGGAGGGGGGUAAGGGGCUGGGCCCCAAGGUUCACUAUGGAAUCGUCAUUGACUGUGGGAGUAGUGGCAGCAGAGUGUUUCUAUAUUUCUGGCCUCCACACUCAGGGAAUCCAAAGGAUCUCCUAAACAUCCAACAGUUUAUGGACAGUCAGGGAAAUCCAGUUGUAAAGAAGAUAAAACCAGGUUUGGACACUUUUAAGGAUAAUCCAGAAGCGGCCAGUGACUACAUCAAGCCUUUGUUACAGUUUGUGGCAGCUCACAUACCGGUGGAUCAACAAAAAGAGACCAUUUUGUUUAUUCUUGCAACUGCAGGCAUGCGCAUGAUCCCGGAAGAGUCCCAAAAGGCCAUUUUCCAGAACCUGUACACAGAAAUCCCUAAGAUGUUUCCGUUUGUGAUCUCGGAGAGUAACCUGGAGGUGAUCAGUGGUAAACAGGAGGGCGUGUAUGCCUGGAUCGCCGUCAACUACGUACUGCACAAGUUUGAUCAUGGCGCAGAUGAACACCCUCUAGUGGCUGUCGAAGUUCCUGGCAACAUGAACAAAGAGAAGAGAACUCAUGUCAGGCGAAGAACAGUGGGAAUGCUGGAUAUGGGAGGGGGAUCCAUGCAGAUAGCAUUUGAAAUCACAUCUAAGUACAAUAACAUUCCCAAGCAUAGAAUAGCAGAGUUUAAUUUGGGCUGCAAAAACAAUGAUUUGGACCACACUUAUAGGGUGUAUGUGACCACAUAUCUUGGAUUUGGUGCGAAUGAAGCAAGGGAACAUUAUGAGGAGUUCUUACUGACAUCUAAUGUCAGUCUAACCAACUCAGAUAUGGAAAACACAACAUUUAACAUUCCAUUUAAUAGAGAGAAGACAAGGUUCAAUGUAUCUGACCCCUGCCUGCCUGUAGGUCUGACUCAGGAGGUCAAGGACACAGAAAGUCAUAUCCACUUCCUUCAUGGACUAGGAGAUUAUGAGGCGUGUUCCUCUAAAUUAGUGAAAUUACUGAACAGGAAUGCUUCCAUUCUCUGUGAACAAGCACCUUGUUCAAUGAAUGGUGUUCAUCAACCCAUGAUUUCAUUCCAUAACAGUGAAUUCUAUGGAUUUUCUGAGUUUUGGUAUACCAUGGAUGAUGUUUUCAGGAUAGGAGGAAUUUACAACUUUGAAAAGUUCAAGUUUGAAGCAAAAAAAUUCUGUGGAACCAAGUGGUCCACCCUACAGUCUUGGUAUGAGGAGAAGCUUUACCCCAGAGCAGACGAAAACAGAUUCAGAUUCCAGUGUUUCAAGGCUGCCUGGAUGACAACAGUUCUUCAUAAAGGACUGAAGUUCCCACCCAGCUACCACAUGCUGCGGUCGGUACAGCUGAUCAACCACAGAGAGGUUCAAUGGACGCUGGGCGCUCUCCUCCACCGAACACGGUUCCUACCAUUGAGGGGGAUGAACUCUUUUGAAACUCAACACCCUCCACCCCACUGGGUUAAAAACAGAUAUGUCAUCAACGAAUAUGUGAUCAUCUUUUGCUUUGUGAUUGUUACUAUUGCCAUUUUAUCUUAUCUGAAACACUUGAGGAUCUGUCAGUCUAAAAAGACAGACAAACUCCAUCAUGUUCCAUCCAUGUCCUAUUUCAUGGUGGAGGAGGACCAGAUAGAACAGGGCCUGAACUACGUCAUUGUCGACCACAAAGAUCUAGAACAAUAGCAUUCAGUGAUUUCUUAAAUUAUUUAUAUCCAUUGUUUAUUUGUAAUAAAUCUGUACAUGUAUCAUUCUUUUCCUUGCUUUUGCCUCACUGAACUGAACAAAGGUAAUGAUAUCAUGUAGAUAUGUUAAGAUUUU